CUCAGAGCUUCAAAUCCGUUUAAUGCCAUUUUUUAGAAGAGGUCUUCGCAUACGGAGAAGAGCGGAAACAACUUGCUAUGAUUUUGAUCAUCAUCGCGUCAUGUCAAAAAUGCGGCGUGAUGGUCUCAGUUUUUUGUCAAAAUGCCAGCUUGCCUUGUGUAGCGAACCUCUUUCAUGUGAUACUGUAUGAUGAGCAUUUCUACAAAUUCAUGAGCAUAUUAGAGACAUC